AUGUCCGGCAGACCGCUGCUUUUCGACUUGCGCGGUUCGAAGAAAACAAUAUGUAGGGCCUGUUUGCUAGCUCUACCAAAGCGAACACCGCAGAUAUGGACGACAGCCUACAGCACCGCCGCGAAUCGCAGAAGAGCGCCGCGCGCCUCGCCAAGGAGACCUUUUCCUUUGCGCGAGGCACGCAAGCAAGCGGCGGAGCGCGAGAUAGAAGACGCCGCGAUGGAGGAAUACAUGUCAGCGGCGAGGAACGCGACAACGGUCGGCGCCAACUUUUCAGGAUCUGAUGGAGGAGUUCGCUUCUUUGAGCAAAGCGGGCAGACGCGGCAGCAGCUCCCAGAUGAGACGGCUUUUCAAAAAUCGAUAGACGCAUUCGAUACGAGUCAGCUUAAAGGAGCUCUCGAGGAUAUGAAGAACACAAUAAAGGGCGAAGAGGACAGAAAGGCGUUUAGUGAAGUCAUGGGCCAGCUCGAAAAGGUGUUUGGCCAAAUUCAGGGCAGCCAGGACCUGGAUAAGUUCACGGAGCACAUGGACGAAUAUACAAGAUCGAUCGACCGUGAGAUUGAACAAGUGACGAGAGAUUUGCCACAAGAAAUGCAAGAGUCCAUAAACUUGGAUCUACCGGAGCUAUCCGAGGACCUCCCACUUCCACUUCGCGGCAUGAAGAGCUCAAGCCCUCAAGUUGUUGAAGGCCCUUGGACGCUCAACCAGCGGCGCAAGAUUGUUCGGCUCAACGACGCUAUUUCACGAGUUUACAAGGGCAUGCAGGAUGUGCCUGGGCCGACAAAGAAGGAAAUUGUGUCCAUAUACAAGGCAUAUCAUGCGGCAAGGCUCACUCUGGCUCAUAGCUGGAGUCAUGUGCCCCUAGAUGUGUGGGACUUUCUCUGGAAAGUGUUUUCUGUCGAUGAGAGCAUUAAUAUGCACCGGCUGGCGCACAUUUCCAUGCUGGCUAGAGACAUGAGCGAGGCCAAGGUGCCAUUUAGCCCACCCCAGCAACUUCUGGCGAUUGAGGCGAUGUUCAAUGAAGGCUGGGAGGACAGGGCGCUGGAAAGCUGGAAGCGAAGCAUGGGCACGCUAGGGCAGGAGAGCGCCGAGACGUACAAGGACUUCUGGGAGCUUGGCGUGGGUAUGCACUGCCGGGCUGGAAACUUGGAGCAGGCCCAACGAGCUGCCAGUAAACUCGUCGAGAAGCGCAUGGAUGCUCGCAUCCUCAUGCCCAUCAUUCGCUCGCUGUCGGAACAAAAUACAGAGGAGAGCCGGCAGCAGGCGUGGGAUACUUACCGACAAAUGCGAGAUUUGCUCGGAAAAUCAAUGAAACUCGCCGAUUACGACCAGGUGGUGGCCUACUUUCUGACGGCGGGUCAAACCGAGAAUGCGCUGUACGCGUUUGUCGACAUGAUGAGCGACGGCCAGAUCGAUCUGACUGUGCAAAAGUACAUGCCGUCCGUCGUGGCCAACAAGUUCUUCGUCGGCAAGUGGCUGAAGCGCCUGAUUGGCGCCGGCGACGUGGAUGGCGCGCACAGCGUGGUGGAAUUCAUGCGCGCAAAGGGCGUCGAGGCGUCGCCCAUCCACCUCAACGGCUUGGUCGGCGCGUGGCAGCGCUCCGGCGGCGCCCAGCACUUGGCCAAGUCGGAGCAGGUCGCAUGGGAGAUGAUUCAGAACCGCAUCCAGUUUGUGCAGGCGCGCAAGGUGCAGUCGAACAAGGACCUCAAAAAGACGAGCAAGUCGGCGCCGGCGCCGCUGCCCCGCGCCACACUCGAGACGUUUUGCAUCCUCGCGGAGAAUUACCGCCUGCGCGCGAUGCCCGACCGGCUCGCGGCGCUGUGGGACGCGUUUCGCGAGUCGGAAAUCAGCCCCGACGCCUUCAUGAUGAACCAGCUGCUGGAAUCGCACAUCCAGGCGGGCCAGCACGACAAGGCGCUCGAGCUGUACGGGUUCCUCGUCACGGAGCGCGGCGUCCAGCCCGACCCCUACACGUUUAGCGCGCUAUGGAAGACACUCGCCGUGAACCGACUGCAUAUUAUUGCGUCCGACAUGUCGACCGCCGCCAUCGCGGAAACGCGGCGGCUGUUUGCGCAGACGGCCGCUCACCGCGCCGUGUUUGGUGCCGGCAUGGACGGCCAGCUCGCGCGCAAGAUUUUGCACUCGUUUCGACGCGUGCGGGACCCCGCCGGCUUCCUCGUCGCGCUGACAGCGCUGCGCGACGUCUUUGCGUUUGCACCGACCGAGAUGCUCGUGCUCGAGCUCGUGCUCGGCACCACCAAGCUCUCGUGGGACGCGCCCGCGCAGCGCCGCAAGCUGCUGCAGGCUAAGCGCAACAUAGAGCACGAUCUUGUGGCCUGGUGCGCGGGCGAUGUCGACAAGCUUCAAGGCGAGAAGCGUGGCGUCGCACUGUACGAGUAUCUCCAGCGAACAGGCAUGGCGCAGCUGGGCGGUGGCGAGGACGAGGCGCGGAAGGCGCUUGAGACAGCGUCCAAGGACAUGGGCGUGUAUGAGUUAUUGAGGCCAGCAACGGCUGGAGCUGCGUAG